AUGGGGAACGCAGAAAGUAUGGAUGCACAGCUAACUGAUAUCAGGGCGAGGAACAAGCCCCCCAAACUACCCAUGCCCGACCCGGGGGAACUGGAAGAAAGAUUUGCCAUCGCCUUGAACUCCAUGAACCUGCCUCCCGACAAGGUGAGAAUUCUGCGGCAGUACGACAACGAGAAGAAGUGGGAGCUGAUCUGUGAUCAGGAACGAUUUCAAGUUAAGAAUCCACCCCACACUUACAUUCAGAAGCUGAGAAGUUUUCUGGAUCCUGCUGUAACCAGAAAGAAAUUCCGUCGGAGAGUUCAGGAGUCAACCCAAGUGCUCCGCGAGCUGGAAAUUUCACUGAGGACCAACCACAUCGGGUGGGUGAGAGAGUUUCUUAACGAAGAGAAUAAAGGACUGGAUGUACUGGUGGAAUACCUCUCCUUCGCCCAGUACGCUGUCACGUUUGAUGGUGACGCGGCAGAAAGCACUGCAGAGGUUUCCGUGGAGACUCCAUGGAGCAGAUCCAUAGAAGAUCUCCAUGGAGACAGCAAUCUGCCCUCGCCAGUCAGUGGCAGCAGUAUCCCACGGUCUACCCGACAUUCAUUACGGUCAAACACUUUACCCAGCAGGCGAACGCUUAAGAACUCGCGUCUCGUGUGUAAGAAGGAUGACGUGCACGUGUGUAUCAUGUGUUUACGGGCUAUCAUGAACUAUCAGUAUGGCUUUAAUAUGGUCAUGUCACAUCCACAUGCUGUCAAUGAAAUCGCUCUGAGCCUCAAUAACAAAAACCCCAGGACCAAGGCACUGGUACUGGAGUUGUUGGCUGCUGUGUGCUUGGUGAGGGGAGGCCAUGAGAUCAUCUUGGCCGCCUUCGAUCAUUUCAAAGAGGUCUGCGCAGAAACACAGAGGUUUGAGAAACUGAUGGAGGAUUUUAAAAAUGAGGACAACAACAUAGAUUUUAUGGUCGCCUGUAUGCAGUUCAUAAACAUUGUCGUUCACUCGGUGGAAGACAUGAAUUUCCGGGUGCAUCUUCAGUAUGACUUUACCAAGCUUGGACUGGAUGACUAUCUAGAGAGGUUGAAGCACACGGAGAGUGAUAAGCUGCAGGUGCAGAUCCAGGCUUAUUUGGAUAACCUGUUUGACGUGGGUACGCUCCUGGAAGACGCCGAGACCAAAAACGCCGCACUGGAACGCGUGGAGGAACUGGAAGAGAGCCUGUCGCAUAUGACCGAUAAGCUCCUGGACACAGAGAAUGAGGCCAUGGCCAAGAUCGUGGAACUGGAAAAGCAGCUGAUGCAGAGAAACAAAGAACUGGACUCCAUACGGGCCAUGUACCGGGACGCCAGUUCCCAGGUGCACAGUCUGCGGCGGAUGGUGCGGGAGAAGGACGAGGCCAUCCAGCGCCAGUCCAAACUGGAAAAGAAGAUCCACGAGCUGGAACGGCGAGGGAGCCUGCAGAUCCAGCAGAGGGGAGAGGGAGACGGGGAAGGAGACACCUCGCCCCUGCCCUCUCCUCCUCAGCCCAUGCCGCUCUCCCCGGGCCCCGAAGCCAUGGCUAUGGCCGCGGCCGGGGCCAGUGCGCUCGCUUACGGCCCGGGCGGCGGUCAGACGGGCACGCUCCGGGGGGGGGUGCCCACUCCACCCCCUCCGCCGCCACCGCCUCCACCUGUACCCCCUCCCUCAUGUUUUUCGACUCCAGUGCCAAACGGACCUUCCGCAGCCCCGGCCGCGCCCCCUCCUCCGCCCCCGCCUCCUCCCCCUCCCCCUCCGCCCCCUCCUCUGCCUUCUGGACGGGCGCCGGAAAUCUCUUCUCCCCUACCCCCUCCUCCUCCACCUGUUGCUCCUCCUCUCCCUGGUUGCGGCACGCCUACCGUCAUCUUCAACUCUGGCCUGACAGAUGGACCAAUCAAGCUCUUCUCCGUGAAGAUUAAGAAACCGAUUAAGACCAAAUUCCGGAUGCCGGUGUUCAACUGGGUGGCGCUGAAGCCCAAUCAGAUCAACGGAACUGUCUUCAACGAGAUUGACGACGAAAGGAUACUGGAGGAUCUGAACGUGGACGAGUUUGAGGAGAUGUUCAAGACCAAAGCCCAGGGCCCGUCCGUCGACCUCACCAUGAGCAAGCAGAAGGCUCCGCAGAAAGGACCGAAUAAAGUGUCUCUCCUGGAAGCCAACAGGGCCAAAAACCUUGCCAUCACGCUCAGAAAGGCAGGGAAAAGCCCCGAGGAGAUCUGCAAAGCUAUCCAGACGUUUGACCUGCGCACGGUGCCGGUGGACUUUGCGGAGUGUCUGAUGCGUUUCAUGCCCACCGAGGGCGAGGUGAAGGUGCUGAGGCAGUACGAGCGUGAACGCCGACCGCUCGACGGCCUCACCGACGAAGACCGCUUCAUGAUGCUCUUCAGCAAGAUCGAACGCCUGCCCCAGAGGAUGACCAUCAUGGCCUUCAUGGGCAACUUCAAUGACAGCCUGCAAAUGCUUACGCCGCAACUUCACGCAAUUAUCGCAGCAUCUGUGUCCAUCAAAUCAUCUCAGAAGCUGAAGAAAAUACUUGAGAUUAUCUUGGCUCUUGGGAACUACAUGAACAGCAGCAAAAGAGGAGCUGUGUAUGGCUUUAAACUGCAGAGUCUGGAUCUGCUGCUGGAGACGAAGUCCACAGACAGGAAGCUAACGCUGUUGCACUACAUCGCUAACGUGGUGAGGGAGAAGUAUCCGGUCGUGUCUAUGUUUUACAAUGAGCUGCAUUACGUGGAGAAGGCAGCUGCAGUGUCUCUGGAGAACGUCCUGCUGGAUGUUAAGGAGCUGCAGAGAGGGCUGGACCUGACCAGGAGGGAGUACAGCAUGCACGGACAUAACUCCCUGCUCAAGGACUUCAUCCACCACAACGAAGCGCGGCUCAAGAAGCUCCAGGACGACGCCAGGAUCGCCCAGGAUGCCUUUGAUGAGGCUGUGAAGUUUUUUGGGGAGAGCGCCAAGACGAUGCCACCGUCUGUGUUUUUCCCCGUGUUUGUGCGGUUCGUCAAGGCCUACAGGCAAGCACAGGAGGAGAACGAGCAGAGGAAGAGGCAGGAGCAGCUCAUGAUGGAGAAACUUCUAGAACAGGAGGCCAUGAUGGAGGAACAACAAGACCAACAGUCCCCAUCUCACAAGGGGAAGCGUCAGCAGCAGGAGUUGAUUGCCGAGCUGAGGAAGAGGCAGGGGAAGGAUAGCCGUCACGUCUAUGAAGGGAAAGACGGCGCGAUCGAAGACAUCAUCACAGAUCUCCGCAGCCAGCCGUACAGGCGAGCAGACGCCGUCAGGAGGAGUGCGAGGAGAACCGACGGACAGCAGCUCCAGCUGCUCGGCUUUGAGGUCUCCACCUGUUAG